CGCGUCAACCAUAGGAUGGCGCAAGAUGAUGUAAAGCACAACUCGCCGUCAAACUUAUCGCUGGAUCAAGGAUACUCUUCAGGAUCGGACGGCCAACAUAUACAAGAGAAGGAAACAAAGACGAAUUCCACAUGGUCGCGUAUCUACAACAUCAUAACAUACACUCCACCACGAUGUCGCUGGGACCCCGAGAAGCCUCCAGAAUUCAGCAUGGCGUUGAACGUCUUGUUCGGGUUUGCUGGUGCUUUUACAGUCGCCAAUCUCUACUACAGUCAUCCCAUCCUUAACAUUCUGGCGGAGGAAUUCAAUGUGCCUUAUGAGAAGGUGUCGCAGAUCCCGACUGUCAUGCAGGCAGGUUAUGCGGCUGGUCUCUUGUUUUUGUGCCCGUUGGGCGACCUUUUACCACGAAGACCAUUUGUACUGUCACUUGUGUUCUUUACUGCAACUAUGUGGUAUNNGAUCGGGGUCUGUAUAACCAAGGAUUUGGCUGCCUUCACUGCAAUCUCUUUCGUCACGGCUGUCACUACCGUUACACCACAGCUUAUGCUUCCUCUGGUUGGCGAUCUUGCACCUCCCAGUAAAAGGGCGGCAUCUCUGUCGAUCGUCACCUCGGGUCUCCUGUUAGGCAUGCUGAUAGCUCGACUCUUGUCUGGUGUACUUACUAACUAUACCUCAUGGCGCAACAUCUACUGGCUAGCCUUAGGACUUCAGUAUGCCAUCUUUGCCUUGCUCUGGCUCUUCAUGCCAGACUACCCUUCAACCAACCCCAACGGCAUCAAUUACUUCAAGAUUCUCUGGUCGAUCCUCGAGAUGCUCUUCACAGAGCCAGUGCUGGUGCAAGCCUGUUUUGUCACCUUCUUUACAGCGGCAACAUUCACCUGCUUCUGGACGACAUUGACCUUUCUCCUCGCUGGAGCACCAUACAACUAUGACUCAUUGACAAUCGGUCUCUUCUCGCUCAUCGGUAUAGCGAGUAUGUUUAUUGGACCGGUCUGGGCAAAGUAUGUCAUCGAUCGCUUCGUGCCAUUGUUCUCCGUAAUUCUAGGCGAGUGCUGGUGUAUGCUGGGCAUCUGCAUCGGUACUUACACCGGCCGCAUCACGAUCGCUGGGCCAGUCAUCCAAGCUUUCUUCAACGACUUUGGCUUGCAGACAGCCCAGAUCGCCAAUAGAAGCGCCAUUUACAGCAUCGCACCUAAAGCACGCAACCGUGUCAACACGGCUUUCAUGCAAACUUUGGGAGCUGUCAAAGCUGAUGGCAACGUUGUCCGCGACCCCGAAAAGGGCGAAGCGCAACAGGAACGAGUAAACAAAGGCCAUAUACUUGAGAAAGGCAUCGAGAUGCUAGGAGCGGAGGAUGGCGAGAACCCUGUACGAGAGAUGAAAGACCACGAUGACGAAGAAGAAGAAAAGAGCUCCAGCUGUCAGGAUAGUGAUGAGAUCAUGCCUGCACAUGAUAAGCAUAGAGUGUAA